UUUGCGUUAAUCGAUUUAUAUGAUAUGAAUGGAGCUUUAGUUGAGCGAUAUCCGGUAGAAUGAGAUUUCGCGGGGUCUGAAUUGUCAUCUGCUGGAUAAAUUUUAGUUGACAUCGGAUAAUUUGAUAAACAACCAAACUUCCAGAAGAUGCCUACAUCAUUGUCGGAGACACUACCAGGGCAGGUUCGGAUAUCUAGCUUAAAUUGCGCAUCUGGCAAAUUCAAGACGGGUGCCCUUUACCUGGAGUGCAAUGAGCAUGGCCACCAUCAAAUGAAAGUCAUUUACAAUUGUGGGCCAGCUAGGACCUUUACCGUGACUGCAGCCAAUCUCAUCAAGAAAUGUAUAAAGGAACAGAUGUGUUAUAUUGAACUCGAUGGUAAAGACUACACUACCAUCAGCUUCAAACCAGACGUAGCGUGCAGACAGAAAUGUAACAGCAAGUUAACAGCCUUUUGUGACAACGUCCUGAAAUCUGCAAGUAAAGCCAACUUCAACUCUAAGGCCGAGGUUGGAGUUACAAUGGUGCCAGACACAGGCCCGAAGUCAGGACUGUUUGCAUCAUUUGGGAGUAACAACACCCUAAAUAGUCCGAAAACUAGUCCAAGUUUUACCAGGUACUCUCACAAUGUGAAGUCAGUCAAGAAGGAAGAUAAGGAGAAUCUCAAUUUGAAUGUGCCCUACCAGCAAUUUUAUGGAAAGUCUUCGAUGGUUACCUCUACCCCAGUGUUGAGGAAAACAGAGGCUAGCUUCAAGUCCGGGAAGAGAGUGUCCGGUAUGAUGGAUGACCCAACACCCACCAAAAGGCCACGACUGCUCUCUGAGACCAUUUCCUACAGCAUGAAGCCUAAACCAGCACCCACAGUUGAUGCCAAGCCUUCCCAGCAGCUACAGGGAUUCUCCAAUCUGGGCAACACGUGUUAUAUGAAUGCCAUCCUGCAGUCUCUGUACAGCCUGGACACGUUCACCUCGGACCUGCACUCCAAUCGCAGGAUACUCAAGUCACUCCAGUCUCACUCCCUAUACCUUGCCCUGGUGAGGCUGAUGUACGUGAGGAGGAACCAGACUGCCAGCGACCUCGCCAAGAAGGAGUACCUGAGGCGUCUAAAGAGCGCCAUCUCUAGCACGGCCAAGAGGUUCUCGGGAUAUGGGCAGCACGACGCCCACGAGUUCCUGUGUCAGGUGUUGGAUCAGCUCAAGGAGGAGAUAAUCAAACUCUCCAAGGCGACACCCACCCCCUGCAAGGAGGUCACGGUGGGGGAUCACGGUGCCAGUGGAGCAGACACAGUGGGGGAUCAAAACUUGCCGAUGUUUUCUGGAAACAACCCUAUUACUGUAAACUUUGAAUUUGAGGUUCUCCACACGUUGACUUGUAUGGAAUGUGGAGAGCAAGUUAGCAAGGAAGAGCAGUUCCAUGACAUUUCAUUGGAUGUCCCUAGACAGAAAGCCCCAUUGACGCCACGUUCACUACAGGACGCUAUAAGCUUGUUUUUCCGUAAUGAGCAAAUAGAGUACACAUGUGAAAAGUGUGGACACAAGAAGUCGGAUGUCACACAUAGGAUAACCAGGUUGCCAAGGGUGUUCAUCCUUCAUCUGAAGCGUUACUCGUACAGUCAGAUCAUCGCCAAGAACACCAAGAUGGGACAGAGUGUGUCCAUACCUCGGUUCCUCACAUUCAAUCACCACUGCACGGAGAAGACAAUGCCUCCUUUCCUGCCAGAGCUUCCACCAAUUGGAUCCAGCACUUCCAUUGCUCCUGUGAACACUACUAAGGAAGAUUCUGCCAGCAGGAGGAAGCUCGAUUACUCAGGGUACAGAUUCAAAAGCAACGUUGCAGACUCAUCAAAAUCUGUAAAAGAAGAAGCAAGUGAUAAAAAAGACAAGGGAGAUGAGGUGGACGGGCGCAUUGGGAGGUCGUGGGCUCUCACCCUGGAGGAUGAGGAAGACCCAGAGAUUGCCCAGGCCAUAGAGAUGUCACUGAGAGAGGAGGAGUCCAGGGAAAAGCUCAGUGAGGACUUAGGGGAGGAGAAUAGCCUAGAGCGCGCCCUGGAGAUGAGCAGAAGGGACAUCAGCAACGAUUCAGCCAAAGUGGAGUCCAAUAAUCUCAACGAGAUGACCUUUGAAGAACAAAUGGAGCUGGCAAUGAGACAGAGUUUGAUGGAAUCUCAUCACUACGGCAACUAUGCAUUAUCAGAUGAUGUCACUGAAAAUGGUGCACAUGACAGUAAAUCUGGUUCACAUGGGUACACAAGUUUGGAUGAUGUCAUAAGUGACCGAGAAAAUAAGACUUCCAAAAACCUAUUCAGGGUAAAUAGUGUGAAGGGUAAAAACAGGUUCGCAGAAAACGAUGAUGUCACUAAAAAUGGUGAUCAUGAGUACACAAAAUGUGAUGAUUCUGGGGAGGAAACAUUGUGUAGGUUAUCAAACAGUAAAUCAAGCUCCUACGAUAUUGGUCCAGAGGCUGUAAAGUAUUCAGCUCUGCGAUCCAUACACAUAAAUAAAGAAGGCCUCAAAUCUGCAGAACAUAGUAUGUCAGAGAGUGAAAUAAGUUUGUUAAAUACAGACGAUUCCCAGGAUGAGGACACUACAUCAAAGGCAACUCCUGAGUAUUCAAGUCCCGUGGCAGAUCUGGGUAGCGCAGACGCAGCCAGUAACACAAGCCAAUCUUUAGAGGAAGACCGCACGAUGGAGAAGUCAAAAAUGGACAAAAAAGUAUAUACACCGGGAAAGAAGUGGGGGGACCAUGUGAUGAAACUGACUCGAGAAAUCUGUGUGGACAAUGGGCAGUUUUCUACAGAUGAGAAUGAUGAUGCGAGUGUUACAGACGAAGCAAACAAGGACAAGAAGAUCAGGAAGAAGAGAAUUACUAAAAAAACUCAAGAGAUCUGUGCAGAAAACGACCAGUUUUCUAAUGACAAGAAUGAGAAAAUGGGAGAGGAAGCAGACCUGAUGUGUCGGGAGAAACUUGAGGACACAGAUGGAGAGUCUGACAAUGAGAGGGCUGUAGAGAGGGACAAAGGGAAGGCUGCUGAGAGAAGGCAGGUGAAGGGAGGGGGCAGGGAGGUGACAAUAAAGGAGGAAGUGAUGGAGGAUGACAAUGAUGAUGACUGGCUAGCAGCAGUGGAUGACAAGGAGAACAUAGUGCCCAACACUGCUGCCGACGUCGCUAUGGUUACAUCAAAGUCUGACCUCCUGACCCCACGCCUCUCUGACCCGAUGGCUGAGUUUGAUGACGACCCUACAGAGGGGGCUGGGGUCGAUGUUGAAGGCAUCAAUAAUCUGCCAGAGAUAAAUAAUGAGAUAGGAGACCUGCCCUACUCAUAUAGAUUGGUGAGCAUCGUGAACCAUAUGGGAAUAUCAACAUCUACAGGUCACUACAUCAGUGAUGUGUAUGACCUUAAGAAGAAGAGCUGGUUCAGCUGUGAUGACAGUCAUGUGACAAAGGUCACAGAGGUCGACGUGCAGACCAAGCGAGAAAGAAGCGGAUACAUCUUUUUCUACUUGAACAAGGACAUAUUUGAUGACCUGUCUCUGCAGCACACCCUAGAAAUGACAGCCAAACAGUAGCAGCUUCCUGGUUGUGAAUGGUAACAUGAAUGAUGGAGAUGAACACAAAAUAUGGCCUUGUGCCUCAUUGUGCACACCAAACAAUGACAUUGUUUUUAAUAUAGACAUGAUGUAGAAGAAGGAAGGAAGGCCUAAAGUAGCAUAUGAUCAAAAUAAAAAAAGGCCACAAACUGGCUUAGACCUUUUGGUACAAGGACUUUUUCAUGGCUACUGUGCUUUUGUUUACGGGGUAUUUUAAUUGGUCUAGCCUAACUAGGGUACAGUAAUGUACAAAGUCUUGCAGUUUAUGCAGUUCAGGGAUGCAACUGUGACGGACUUUCACUGAUAACCUCAGAGACUUUGAAUUGCAGACUGUUUGAAACUGCCCUGUAAUUUACAUGUAGAAACCUCCCUGUGGGAAUUCAGGGUUUACUCUUCCAUCCCCCAAAAAUUAGCUAAAGGCUACAAAUUAUCACAUUUACCUGAUGAUGUACUUUGCUUAAAAAAGCUUCAUAUUACAUGCAACAUCAAGUAUGAUACAAAGUUUUUACAGUAAAUUUGAACAUAUGCGAUAUUAAAGCAGGGUUAAAUAUCUAAGAGGUUUUGCCAUUGGAAUAGGGAAUGCAUCGAUAGCUGAGCAUUUAUAGUAUCAUUAAUUUGCACAUAGUUCAAAUAUUGAUUUAUGUAGAUUUUUAACUCGUUCUUUAGAAAAUUAAAUUUCUCUUUGAAUACUUAUGGUUUUCCUUGGUAUAUCUAUUAUUUGAUAUAAUUUGUCUAAAUGUUGAAAUGUUGAUGUUUUCAAAUAAUUGAUUGUUAAUUCAUUUUAUGGAUUUAAUAGCUUUACAUUUCGACAUACUGUGCACAGGUGUGAAAUUCAUUAACAUUGAUAAAUCUCUGUUCAUGAUUGAAUGAUAUUUAAUGUAAUCCUAGAUAGGGAGCGGUCUUUUAUCGUAAUCUUUGUUUUUUUCGAUAAAAAGUAAAGAUAAUAUUUUCAGAUUUGAGUGAUAUGUUAAUUGAUUAAGCUGUUUUAAAUGAGUUGAACUAGUUUGUGAUAAAGCUUUGUAUAUUUUACGCUUCAUUAACUUAUAUUAGAUCCUGAAAGAACAAUAUGGCGAAUCUAUCAGAAAAUACGUUAGUUUAACAUUAAUAAGUUAAAAGACUUCUUGAUCAAAUCUCAGCAAGCCAAUUGUAAGUUAUUGCAGACCUUACUGCAGUAUUCUUUACAGUAUUUGAAAUAUGUAUGUUAUAUGCAAAAUAUUAUUAUGAUAAAAUUGUUUCACAAAU